AUGCCUUCCACCAUGCAAGCGAUCUCUGCCCUGGCCAUGAUGGCAAUUCCCUCGGUGAACGCUGCGUUCGGGCCUUAUUUCAGCACUGGCCCAGUGGCCUCCAACUCCUUCAUUCGUGAAUCCACUUCCACCCUGGUUCUUCCCCGGGUUCCUAGCGGCAAUUCUGGAGAUGCUUCCCUCUGGGUUGGAAUGGGUACCUCAAAAGGUGACCUGAUUCAGUCCAUUGUUGACAACCAGGACUCGAGCUCCUGGAGCAUUUUUGCCUACACUCUCCUCUCGGCCGAUAACGACAAUGCGGUGGCUGUUUUCGGCGAUAUCUAUUCUACUCCCAUCCCCGGAGAUAAGGUGACGAUGCACUACAAGUUCGAUGACUCCACGGGCAACUACACUCAGAGAGUUUAUGUCAACAAUAAGUUUGUCUCCACUCUGUCCACCAGUGAUGGACAGGCCCAGGGCUGGGGCAGCGCUGUUGAGUGUGCUGAAAAUGACUGCGGCACCAUACCUGCGCACACCUGGAUCAACACCACGAUCAUCAUGGAUACCGAGGACCCCAAUUACAUCAACACCAUGGGCAAGAGCGAGGGCGUCACUGGAGAGAUGUCGACCAGCGACAAUGGCAAGACCUGGACUGUGAGCACCAUCAGCAUUCCGGAGUUCACAUUUGGCAGCUCCUCCUGA